AUGGAAAAUAUAAUGGUUAAGGGACGUCUUCUUGGCAUGGGAAAUUUCGCCCAUGUGCACUUGGCAUACUGCAGGCCCUUUGGCGGCCAAUUUGCUGUGAAAUCUGUAAAUUCUUCUCUUUCUUCUUCACUUCUAAUGGAGGAAACGAUUCUUCGACGCCUUCGAUGCUCCCCAGAUGUUGUUUACUGCUUUGGAGGUUACUCUACCCAGGAAGCUAAUGGCGAUUCGGCCUACAAUCUAGUUCUUGAGUAUGCAGCCGGAGGAAGUCUUGGGCGUUUGAUGUUUAGCAGGACGAGUGGAUCGCCGGAGAGUGAAGUUCAGUGGUAUACAAGAAUGAUUGUUAGGGGUCUCCAUGCUGUCCACCGGGAAGGGUUCGUCCACUGUGAUCUGAAGCUCAGUAAUAUGCUUCUCUUCCCUACUGAAGAUGGUAGGUGGAGGGUUAAGAUCGCUGAUUUUGGACUGUCUAAAAGGUUUGGAAGGGAGGAGUUCUGCCGGCCGCUCACGUUUCGGGGCACUGCAAAUUACAUGUCGCCGGAAUCUAUUGUGUACAGUGAAAACGAGGCGCCUCUGGAUAUAUGGUGUCUUGGGUGCAUGGUGAUCGAGAUGUUUACUGGUAAACCAACUUGGGAGAAUUGCAAGGACGAGAAUGACUUGAUUCUUCAUAUAGUGUUUUGGAGACAAGUUCCUCUGAUACCUGAAAAUAUAUCAGAAGAGGCUAAGGAUUUUUUGAAGAAGUGUCUGGCAAGGGAUCCGUCCCAAAGAUGGACUGCUGAAAUGCUGUUGACUCAUCCGUUUAUUGACUCAGUUCUGCUGCCUUUAUAG